GCUCCUCAGAUCCGAUAUAGAUAUUUAGCUUGAUAAAACGUGAGCUAGCCGAGUUGACAGAUGGCGUGUUUCACUGUCAGGGCUAAGAAGGAGUAAACACUCGGCAGUGGGAGAACUUAUGAUCGGAUCUGGAUGGAACCGACGGGUCUACGAGACGUUUUCAAAUGUAUAACACUAUCCAUUGCAGCAAUGGAGGAUAUUGGUCUCCAUCCCAAAGCCACCAAUGACCCCCCUGUUCACAGACCCACAGUCACUGAGACUUUUGGGCUGCAGCACAUACCACCAGAGCAUCUGCACUUCACUGAUGUAAGCAGGAAAUCUGACAUGUAUAAAGAUGGACCGUCCAAAAAAAAGUCCCACUCAGUAAUGAUAGCAGAGCCACAGAUGAGUCCACAUGUUCCUCUGGUGGGUCCUCUGGGUGCUGACACCACAGCCAAAAAUGGAAACCCUAGUAUGGAUAAGGCAGGUGCUGGCAGGGAAAAAGCCAAAGUCGGAGAUCCAUCGAAGUGGAAGCAAAACAAGCAGAAACAGCUGAGGAUGGAGGGGAAAUCGUACGUGAGCAAACGCAAAAAAGAUGGUGAGGUUGUAACAAAACAGCCAAGAGCAAUCGGAGCGAGGUGCACCUCGAAUGCAUGCAAGAAGGCAUCGAACCGACUUUGUAAUGAAAUCAACGAGGAGACCAGAAAUAAAGUGUUUGAUGAUUUCUGGCAACGCAUGAACUGGGCUCAGAGAAAACUCUACGUAACAGAACAAGUUGACCGCGACCCCGUGGAAAGAUCCCGGGCGGUGGGAUCGCAGUCGAGAAGAUCAGUUUCACUCCGUUAUCACUUGAUGUUGGAUGGAAAAAGGAAACAAGUGUGUAAAAACAUGUUCCUGUCCACUCUGGGGAUAGGAGAGUGGUCUGUGCUCAACUGGACACAGACAGGAGCAACAACGAAGAAUGAACCAAAUGAAAACAAUAUAGAAAAGAGCCAGACUGUCCAUCAGUGCCCACAACAGAACGCUGCUUCUUCUGCAGUUAAUCACUCUGCAGAAGUCACCCAGGAACACGUGAAUCCCAAAGACAGGCCACCAGAACCAGAGGGGUCAGCCAGAAAGAAAUCCCGAGUUGCCAAGCCGCUAACAUGGAAGCAAAAUCGACAGAAGCAACUCAGGAUGGAGGGCAAAGCGUACGUCAGCAAACGAAAGAAAGACGGCUCGACCAUAACUAAAGGUCAGAGGACAAUGGGAUCUAGAUGCACGUCCAGUGCUUGCAAAAGGGCAUCCAACCGCUUCUGUGCGGACUUCAGUGAAGAAGCGAGGAACAAGCUGUUUACUAGUUUCUGGCAGUGUAUGACUUGGGCUCAGAGAAAGAUCUAUGUGUCCGGAUCAGUUGACUGCGACCCGGUGGAAAGAACCCGAGCACCGUGGACUCAGUCGAGAAGGUCGGUCUCGAUGCGGUAUCAUUUGCUAGCCGACGGUGACAGAAAACAAGUUUGCAAAAAGAUGUUCCUCUCCACUUUGGGGAUUGGAGAGUGGUCGGUGCUUAACUGGGCACAAACUGUAUCCCAGCAGGACAAUUCAGAGCAAAUCACCAAGAAGCAAACGCAGAGGAAGUCCCGUAAAGCUUCAGAGCACAUAGUCCUGAACGAGUUCCUCGAGAGUUUACCCAAAGUUCCCUCGUACUGCUGCGGGACGUCCGUCUCCAAGCUGUAUCUGGAGCCCGUCUUCUCAAACAUGUCGGAGGUGUACAGGCACUACUACAACCACUGCUCAGAGAGGAAGACGACGGCGCUCUCUCGGCAGGUUUUCUGUGCUGUGUUUAAAAAGAUGGAUUUGGGAUUGUGUGACCCCAAAGGGGAUCAAGGGUGUUCUUUCGGUGCGACUGGGAAUUUGUUUAAUGAGCUUUGGGAGGAAUACUGCUUGGAAAGAGGAGGAUCCAGGGCCACAACCAGGGAAAGUGGGUAACCAGUAGAGAAGGAUAAAGGACACAAAGGUUCUGUGUUGGAGAUACUUUGUUAUUUUCAACAUGAUCAUGUACACGCUGUGGAAUGUUGAAUUCCAAGACUUUGCCAAAAUGACUGAUCUCACAUUUGAUUAAAUCCUGUUAUGCAUAACCUGUGGUUGCUUCUUCCAAACUCACACUAUCUGAAGCAAUGCAGUCUUCACGCGGCUCAAACGUUUCACUGGAAUUAUUUAAGCACCGCAUUCAUUUAGUUUUUUGUAAUGGAGAAUGCUUUGUUGUUCGUUAAAAUGCAAGUUCUUAUUUUUGUUUGUCCAUUUUCAUUAUUUGUUCAAGCGUAGAAAAAAGUGUCAUGUGUGUAAAAAAAAUCUGUUAAUCUGC